GUUUUAUUUGAAUAUAUAUACUUUGUAAUCAAAAUUCCAAAAUAGUUUAAAAAGCCCAAAAGCAUACUUUUUGCCACUAUCUGCACCCAUACAAAAAGCCCACUAAAGAAAAAAAGGAAAAUUAAAGUAAAAAUAUGGCCCUUGAAAUUUGGGAAUCCUUCAGUGAAUCAUUCACAGCGUACACUGGGCUAUCUCCGGCCACCGUCUUCACGGCGGUCGCCGUGGGCCUCGCCAUCUACUGCCUGGCCCUUCUUUACUUUGGCUCUUUGUCCUCCGAUGACGACCAGGGCCACGGCGGCCACGGCGGGUUCGAGGAUACGGCGGAACCGCUGGCUCCGCCGGUUCAGGUGGGUGAGAUUACUGAUGUGGAGCUGAAGCAGUACGACGGGUCGGAUCCUAAGAAGCCCUUGCUCAUGGCCAUCAAGGGCCAGAUUUAUGAUGUCACACAGAGCAGAAUGUUUUACGGGCCCGGUGGGCCUUACGCUUUGUUUGCUGGAAAGGACGCUAGUCGGGCCCUAGCAAAAAUGUCGUUCGAAGAGAAAGACUUAAACGGCAAUCUUAGUGGUCUCGGUGUAUUCGAAUUGGAGGCUCUUCAGGAUUGGGAAUUCAAAUUCAUGACCAAAUAUGUUAAGGUUGGGACUGUCAAACAAACCACUGAAGAGAGCUCGUCCGAGAAUGCUGCAAAGGGAAGUGAGGAGAUCAAGGAUGAUAAUGACGAGAAAAAGGAGUGAUUUUCAUUUUGAAGUAUAAAGGGGAUUUAUUGCUAAAGCGCGUUCAUGAACUUGAUAAAGAUCGAUAAAGGGCGUGUAAUUAAUUCAAGUGAAGGAAAAACCGAAAGAGUUUAAAGCUGAAACUUGUGAGGAUGAUCGAGAAUUUACUGGCGAGGUUUUGCGCGCCAAAGAGCUCGGCGAAAAUCGAGAAAGAAAAAUGCUAUGAGGAGGUAAGGAUAGAGGGAGAUAAGAGUUUUGAAGUUACUUUUUUCAUUUGCAAGGAGAAUAUGGCUGGCCAAGUAGUUUUUCUUAUGAGAUCAAUUUUGAUGCACAACAGAGUGUUGUUGGGCCUUCAGUUUAGUCCAAUGGCCAUAACAUUGGGCUUGAGUUCAACCAGCCAUAGGUAGUAAGUUUUGCAUGGAUAGGCACAUUGUAUUGUUUUAC